AUGGACCAAAGAGAGAUUCUACUGCAAAACCUGGACAGGGCCCAAAGCAGGAAACUUAACAGAGAGGAGUUUGCAAACGAGUUUUUGAAGCUGAAAAGGCAAUCAACAAAAUACAGAUCAGACAGAAUAUACCCAACUGCAGCGUCUGAGCAACCAGAGAACAUCAAGAAAAAUCGAUACAAGGACAUCUUACCCUUUGAUCACAGCAGAGUGGAGCUCUCCCUCAUCACAUCAGAUAAAGAUUCUCAUUACAUAAAUGCCAACUUCAUCAAGGGAGUAUAUGGGCCGAGGGCGUAUAUAGCUACCCAGGGUCCUCUCACCACCACUGUUCUUGACUUCUGGAGGAUGAUUUGGGAAUAUGAAGUCCUGAUUGUGGUUAUGGCUUGCAUGGAGUUUGAAAUGGGGAAGAAAAAGUGUGAGCGGUACUGGGUUGAGGUGGGCGAUUCACCACUCCAGUGUAGUCCUUUCACCAUCACUUGUGAAUUGGAGGAAAAGAAAACUGAAUAUGUGAUUCGGACUCUAAAGGUGACAUUGAACAAAGUAAUUCGCACUAUUUAUCAGUUCCAUUAUAAAAACUGGCCAGACCAUGACGUACCCUCCUCCAUCAACCCCAUCCUUGAGCUUAUCUGGGAGAUGCGCUGCUACCAGCCAGAUGACAACAUCCCCAUCUGUAUUCACUGCAGUGCUGGUUGUGGGAGAACAGGAGUUAUUUGUGCCAUUGACUAUACCUGGAAGCUGCUGAAGGACGGGAUUGUUCCAGAGAACUUCAGUAUUUUUAGUCUGGUCCAGGAAAUGCGCACACAAAGGCCAUCAAUAGUGCAAACCAAGGAACAGUAUGAAUUGGUCUACGAUGCUGUGAUCGAACUCUUUAAAAGACAGAUUGAAGUGCUCACUGUCCAGUCAGACUCUGCUGCCACAGAGAUUCAAACAAACCAUCCAAGACUCCAGCCGCUUCUGAGCCCACUGGAAGAAACUUAUUCUCUGACACUACCACGCUGUUCAGCGCGAGAGGAACAGGAGCUACAUCAAAGUUCUGAUCAUAUGGCACAAGGGGAAAUAUCACUGACUGAUGCAUCGAACUGUAGGCCCUCAACAGUACAUGACAACUAUGGGCACAGUGUUCCUCCCAUUAGACAAGCCCUUUCUUCUGGGGCCUUGAACUUCAGCAGCAGCAAGAAUGCAGGUGCCGCUCUGCUGUCUGGGGAACCACUCCAGAAACAUCACAGCUUAGACUUGAGCAGCAUUUUUUCUGAUGAGAUUCCUCUGAACCUGAAAUCUACAGCUGCAUGUCGGAGAAACCCUAGUGUCAAGGCCCCAUUAAUACAAACCAAAUCAACUCCCUUUGAGUUAGUGCAGCAGAGAGACACCCAGGAACUGGCUGGAGGGGAUGCAGUAUCCUCUUUGGGCCCCUGGCUACCAAACUCCUGCAGUUCUGUGGGCUUUGAGGUUAAGAAGCAGACUGACUUUUCUUCUGUUGAACUGAACCAUUCAAGCAGACUAGUAGACGCUCCCCCGCGACACAUGAGCAGUGGCCUACAUCCUUCCCCAUAUUGUUGCUCAGCGGAAGACCCUUACUUUUCUUCACUCUCUUCAGAUGAUCCAGGAUCCCCGAUGUUUAUUGACUACUUUUCAGAGCUGUAUGAAACAGUUUCCCUUUCUUUCCCUGCUGCAAUUUCCACAAUCCAGCCCUUGGAUUCUACCAGGGCCAGUCCUCCAGUGUCAACUCCUCUGUCCCAGCAUGUUCACCCAUUGGAUGACAGGCAGGCAUCCUCGCAGAAAGCAUCUCCAGACCCAGACGAUGAUGUUCCUCCCCCUCUGCCUGAGCGAACCCCAGAGUCCUUUAUUGUGGCCAAUGAAACUGGUCAACCUCCACUGGCAACGUCAAACCACCAACCUGUACCAAGAAAUAUAAACAUUGGAACCUCUUCAGAGUGGAGUGGGGUGUCUCAGCCAAAGAUAUUUGAUGACUCAGUAAGACUGAGGCCAAGUAAGAGUGUGAAGGUCCGGAGCUCCAGAUCAGAGAAACACCGGGAUCGCUCUUCCUCCCCUCCUCCACUUCCUGAAAGAACCCCUGAGUCAUUCUUUCUUGCAGAUGAGGAGAGUCUGCAGCCUACUGUGAGGACUUCCACUAGCAACCCUGGGGAGUCGGGAAAUAAAGCUUCUGAAGACUCAUCAAAAGAGUCUGUGAAAUGCUUCAGGAGGAGUAAGAGCUUGAAAAUUUUACGAAACAUGAAAAAAAGUAUCUGUAGCCCAUCUUCACUGGCAAAACCACCAGAAUCUGCCCAGUCAAACCACUCCAGCUCUUUCCUGAGCUUCGGCUUUACAAAUCGAUUUUCAAAACCUAAAGGACCAAGAAAUCCUCCACCAUCUUGGAAUAUUUAAUUCAACUUUACAGAUGCAUGUGGUUUCCAAUACUGCAGAUUUGCCAUAUCCCUCCGACAUGCUGCACAUGCUCUUCACAUUACAGAAUUGCUAUCAGAACAUUAGCACUAAAAAUGAUCUUUGCUGUAUAAAGUCCACAACCAGAGAAUAGCAUACAAGCUCUCCUAAAUGGUUUUUGUAUAAAGAGGGAUGCACAAAUGCACAUAAGCUGCUUAACCCUUCCAGUUAAUGUAAAC